AUGUCCAAUCCUCAAGCAAACGAGUUCACGCCUCUGCUUCCUGCAGAGGAGCAUGGUCCACAUGAGACACAAGAGCAGAAUCUAAAUGCAACAAGCGCCGAGACAGACCGACUACUUCCAGAGCAACCAAGACGCAGGCAAAGCAGUGGACGAGGAUCUCGACAAUUAGCAGCUGCAGCAAUCUUCAGUCGUGGCAACCGUGGAUCGGUAGACGAAGCCAUCUCAUCAGCGAUCGAUGAUGAGUACGAUGGAGAGCAGCUGACGCGAGCUCGCUCGAGACUCAAUUCGUAUCCGGUCCUGCCAGAGCCUGAGAGCAUCAAGAAGAAGGAUGAAGAGACGAUUCAUACGAUCGAACAGGUAGGGAGUCAAGAGCAGGGAGAGGAAGGCGAAAGAGAUCCAGGAGACGAUCCGAAUUCAAAGUACAUGCGCGUAGGGCCGCUGAGGUUUUGGUUGGUCUUUACGACAGUUCUACUUGGCUACUUCGUUGCAUGCUUCGACAUCACUCUUAUGGCAUCGAGCCACCCAGUCAUCACAUCCUACUUCAACGCCUCAAACGAAGCUUCGUGGCUCACGACCGCCUUUAUGAUAACCAACACUGGAUUCCAGCCACUCUGGGGACGUCUCUCAGACACGAUAGGCCGCAAGUCCGUAUAUCUGAUCGUCCUCGCAAUCUUCGCAUUGACAAACCUCUGGUGCGGUCUAUCCAACAGCAUUGGCUCAUUCAUUGCAGCAAGAGCCGUCUGUGGUGUUGGUGCUGGUGGCACCAUGAGCAUGGGAUUGGUCGUGGUGAACAAUUUGGUAAAGAUUGAGCACAGAGGGACGUAUAUCAGCCAUAUCAACGUGGCUUUCGGGUUGGGAGCUGCGUGUGGUGCAGCUUUUGGUGGAGUCAUUUGCGAUUCGAUUGGCUGGCGAUGGGCCUUCGGCAUCCAAGUUCCCAUCAUCCUAGUCUGCGGAGCCUCUGCAUUCUUCACAGUCCCGAACAAACUGGGACCAAUGCUAAUCACCAGAUCCACAAACAAGCAAGGCGACAACCCAGGCUGGGCAGCCAUCAAGAACUUCGACAGCCUUGGACUCGGACUUCUGGUCUUUGCCGUAGCCCUCUUCAUCCUGUUCUUCAACAUGGGCGGCAACGAUCUACCUUGGAACCACCCAGUCAUCAUUGUCUUCAUCGUCCUGGCCGUCGUUCUGAGUGCAGGCUGUCUCUGGGUGGAAAAGCGAGCGAAGCAGCCCAUCAUGCCACUCCAUUUGCUGGUCACGCACCCGUACGCUAAUCUGACAUAUGCGAACUUCCUGGCUGGCGUGGCGAGCAAUACGGUCUUGUUCAAUGCUCCGCUAUGGUUCCAAGCUGUCGAGCUCAAUACUCCUUCCGCUUCUGGUCUUCGACUUGCAGCGCCGGCGAUUGGUGGUUCCAUUGCCGGGGUUGUAACUGGAUAUGUCAUCACCUACACGCGAAGACUCAAGCCUAUGCUCGUCAUCGGCUCCAUCGUCUACCUCGCCGGCAGCAUCGCCAUCUACUUCAUGGACCGCAGAUUCAACGAAGCCACCAAAAUCGUUCUCAUCACACCGACACCCCUGAGUCAAGGAUUCAUCUACCCAGGAAGCAUGAUGGCCGCUUUCGCGACGUCUUCGCAAGAUGAUCAAGGAGUCAUAACCACGACUCUGUCCUUGUGGAGGAACCUGGGAAUUGUCGUUGGAGUUUCGAUUUCCAGCUUGGUCUUCCAGAAUAUGUUGAAUGUACAUCUGGAGAAGGGGGUGACAGGCCCGGAUGCCGCGUAUUGGAUCGAACGAGCCAAGGAUAGUGUGAGGGCUGUGGUGACAAUGCCUGAUCCAUAUCAGUCCCAAGUUCGGGACGCCUACGCACAGGCACUGAAACUCAGCUUUAUCACAGCAAUCGUAGCGUCUGCCAUACUCCUAAUCGCGAUGGUGCCAAUGAAACUGCCAAGAUUAAGGAGAGGCGAGUCCAUGAACGUCGCGGGUGGGGAGUGA